AUGAGUAAUAAGAAGCGUGCCGUGGUGGAGGAGCUGCAUAAGCCAGCUCGACGAAAUUAUCCACGUCAACGAGUGGAUAUACGCGGCCUGGAUGAGACUUGGCAAGCUGAUCUUGUGGAUAUGACCGCAUACGCACAAUACAACUCCAAUACGACAAAAAUGAAGCCGAAAGAUGUUAACAUCGCGAAUGAAGAACGACUUUUACAUAGCGUUUAUAACCGAAUAGAGGUGGUGAAAAAACGAGCAAAAUUUAAAAUAGGUGAUAAAGUGCGUAUAAAUUACCAAGACGAGGUCAUUGCCGGUGGUUUUUACGAGCAUGAACUUUUAAAGGUGAAAUAUCCUGAUAUUUAUCUCAUAGAAAAAGUAGUUAAGAGGCGUGGCAAUAAGAUAUUUGUAAAAUGGCUCGGUUUCGACGAUAGCCAGAAUUCAUGGAUUGAUGCUGGUGCAAUAAAAUGA